AUGAUGCUGGACGUUAUCUCUACACUCUUUCCAGCCCCAAGUCUGGAGGAGGUCAUUGCUUCGGUCAACAAAGACACCACGACACAUAACGAUGUCCGUGACAUCGACGACGUUCUUUCAUCCCAUCCUGCUCUUGCGUUCUGUGAACGCGUAGAUUUUGUCAAGUACCCGUGGCUUAUUGAGAAAGUUGACGCUACCAAGCCACUUGCGCCGCAUGAUGAUAAUAAGCCUGCUGUUCCUUUUGAGGCGCCUGCGAAGGCUCAGAAUGGGCUUGGCUCCACGAGUGUUGUAGUGAGUAAACCGGCGCUUCACCUUCUUGGACAGGUUACGGUGGAACCGCUUCAGGUGCUUUUUAACCCUGAAGUUGAGAGGAGGCGGCAGGUUGAGCUGUUGCCGCUGCCUGUACGCCUUUCUCCUGCACCCGUUGGGUCUCGUCAGGCGUCCCGUUCCCCCAAAGUCACGUCGAAGGCUGCCUCUCAGUCGCCCCAUUCUCCUGCAGUCGCACUUCCCCGAGUUCAUCAUGUAUCGAAGGCUACCCCUCCCCUUCCUGUGAUUGCGCUUCCUGAUGUUCCUCGUGUACCAAUCUCGACGUCCCAGCCGGAACGGUCUCCAAGUCACGAGCUCUUGUGGUGCGAUCCUGUCGUUGCUGGUGUCAACGAUGCGAUGACUCUUACUCCGCCACAACAAGUACGAGUUGCAACACCUGUGCAAAAUUGUCAGCCUUUUCCGUCGGGUUCGAGUUGGAAGGUGCAGAAUGGGCAGAACCCCAUUCACAGCGUGAGGGGAUUUAAGCAACACGUAUCAGGAUCCAAGCAGAACGUGGCUGUGUCCAAACAACACGUAUCUGCACCCAAGCAGCACACGGCUAUGUCCAAACGGCACGUAUCUCCACCCAAGCAGAUUGCAUCGUCCGAGCAAAGUGCAGCUUCGCUCGAGCGCAUUGCAGCUGUACAGAAGCAGAAUGCAGCUGUAAUGGAGCAGAACGCAGCUAUAUCGAGGCGCAAGGCGGCUUCUGGGCCCAAGCAAAGUGCAGCUACAUCCAGACAAAACGUACCUGCACCCAAGCAUGUUCCCAGUCGACAGAGCAAAGCCAUUCAUCCCUCACCACUGCGCGAUAAUUACGUCGCACCUGAGACAGGGUCUAGCCCGACUAUCAGGACACCACCCACCUCUUUCAUUGCCCCACAGCACUCGCAGAUGCAAGGCACCUGGGCAGCUGCACCAGCUCAAAUUCAACAGAUGCCUGGUUUUUUGCGUUAUACCGGGGUUCCAGUCGGUUUCCCUGUCCCUGCAGUUCAGACGGAGGUUCGCCCACAGAUUGCGCUUCCUCGACGAGCCUCUCCCCCAGGGUUUUCAUACUCUAAUGCACCAACCUCUUACGUAGCCGCUCCAGUUGUUGCAGCACAGACACAAGGGUUCCAAGGCUACAUCACACCUGUUACGGCGAGCUAUAAUGUCGGUCCCGUCAUUUCAUUGCCAGUCAUUAGACAAGACGUUCAGGUUACCGCUGAUCCUUGUCGGAGAGCUAGCUGGGUGCAGAUGCUAAGCGAGCAAAACGCGGCCGUUUCUAGCCAGGCAACAAGCGUCCCAUCAUCCAGCAAGCGAAGGGCACCUCCUGAUGACAGACUUCCUCCAUCGAAGAAAGCUCGGGUGGCGAAGUCGAUGAGGACUGGAGUCCAUGCGACUUAUAGGUCUCCACAAGUUAAUACUGGUACUCAAUCAUGUCCAAUUUAUGUACGUUAA